AUGAAGAAAACACAGCUAGUCUUUGUCCCUGCACCUGGAUUUGGCCACCUUGUACCAGCUGUUCAGUUAGCAAAGAUGGUUCUUGAGAGAAACGACAGUUUCUUGAUAACCAUGCUUGCCAUCCACAAUCCAUUUGACGGUGGCAUAAGCAAGAACACCGAAUCGCUUGCUUCAAUUCAUACAGAAAUCAGGUUCAUUGAAAUUCCUGAGACCAUACCUGCACCUCCUCCAGAAGCUUUAGCUGUAGGCCCUGCAAGUGCUUAUACUUCUUACAUCAAUGAUCACAAAACCCUUGUAAAAGAUACUAUUGUUAACCUAGUCAUGACCCACAACCCUGCACCAAUUGCUAGUGUUGUUGUUGAUAUGUUUUGCACUGCAUUUAUUGAUGUUGCCAAAGAACUUGGGGUCCCUUCUCAUGUUUUUUACACUUCUAAUGCUGCCUUUCUUGCAACGAUGCUUUACCUUUCAGAUAGAGAAGACAAGGGUGAGCCUAAGUUUAGCCCUACUGACCCUGACUAUAUCAUCCCCUGUUAUUCAAAUCCCGUGCCUUACCGUGUUAUGCCGUUAUUGCACACCGAUGUGGAAUACGAGGCUUUUGCAAACCAUGGAAGACAGUUUAAGGAGUCCAACGGUAUCAUUGUUAAUACAUUUUCAGAAGCUGAGUCCCAUGCCGUUAGUGCUCUUUUGGCUAGAGAUGAUAUACCACCUAUUUUCAAUGUUGGGCCAUUGAUCAUUCAUCACAAGGGAAAGAGUCUGUCAGGAUCCGAUGCCGUCAAGCGUGACGAGAUCUUGAAAUGGCUUGAUGAUCAACCUGAAAAAUCAGUGGUGUUCUUGUGCUUCGGGAGUAGAGGAUGCUUUGAUGAAGCUCAGUUGAAAGAAAUUGCAAUCGGGCUCGAGAGGAGUGGACAGAGGUUCUUAUGGUCCGUUCGGUUGAAACCCUCCAAGGGGAAGCUGCAAGCUAGUAUUUUUGACAACUAUGGAGAGAUCUUGCCACAGGGAUUCUUGGAAAGAACUAAAAAUAUUGGGAUGCUAUGUGGAUGGGCACCACAAGUAGAAAUCUUGGCACAUAAAGCAGUAGGCGCUUUCGUAUCACACUGUGGAUGGAACUCAACUUUGGAGGCCUUGUGGUAUGCUGUGCCUAUUAUAACUUGGCCAUUGCAUGCUGAGCAACACAUGAAUGCAUUUCAGCUGGUGAAAGACUUGGGAUUAGCAGUGGAAUUGACGUUGGAUUUUAGGAGAGAUUGUCCUACAGAUUUUGUGAAGGCGGAGGUGAUAACAAAAGCUGUGAAAACCGUGAUGGAACAUGGUGGUGAACUUAGGAACAAGGCCAAAGAAACCAGUGAAAUGGCGAAGAAAGCUGUGAUGGAGGGUGGAUCUUCGUAUGUUGCUUUUGGAAACUUGAUUGAUCAAUGGUUAGGAUGCAAACCUUGAAGAGCUCAAGCCUUAUCUACCAUGUUGAUUCCAUCAAUGAUCAUCAAUUCCUACUGUGGCUUAAUUUCAUUCCUCAAAUUAAAUUAAGUUAAAGUCUUUAUCAUAUAUAUAUAUAUAUAGUUUGUUUGAUUUGGUCAUGUUGUAGUGAUCUAUUUCCUAUCCAACAUUAAUUAGUUCUGAUGAAGUUAAUUAACGUUGAGGCCUUAUGGAA